CAUGACAUUGCAUCGUUCACCCAUCACUUGUGAGUAUCUGCUGUCCACAGCUCUCAUUCCUUCAGAGAAAAUGAGUUUGAGCCACAUAGAGACUAUGUCUCUAAGACACUCAAGUCCUCAAGAUACACGGAGAUCAUCCUGGAAGCCCUGGUUGUGCAUAGCAACAGCUAUUUUGAUUUGCUUCUUCAGUGCACUGGUCCUUACUUUGUUCCCACUCAAGACUGCUAAAGGAUUCUGUAUGGCUAAGUUUGGACCUCUACCCUCAAAAUGGCAGAUGGUAUCUCCUGAACCUCCUUGUGUGAAUAAGAUAUCUGAUUGGCAGCUGAAGAUACUUCAGAAUGGCUUGUACUUAACUUAUGGCCAAGUGGUUUUUGACAGAAACUACAAGGGAGUAGCUCCCUUUGAAGUGUGGCUACGUAAAAAUAAAGAUCCCAUACAAAUUCUAACAAACAACUCUCAAAUCCAAACUUUCGGAUGGAUUUAUGACUUUCACGCUGGAGAAACAAUUGACUUGAUAUUCAACAGUGAAGACCAGGUUCUCAAAAAUAACACAUACUGGGGGAUAGCUUUAAUACCAAAUCAUCAAUUCAUCUCCUAAGGAUUUGAUUGGUUUCUUCAUUCUCUUCAGCAUAUGCAAUGGUGCUUGUGAGGAGUUGGAGCGGGUAGAUUGUCAGUGCUUAUAGUUUGUCUGGGCAUACAUACCACCACAAAUAGAACUCCUCUGCAUGUGAGAUUUUCCCUCAUGCUUUCUAGAAAGAGACUCAAAGAAAGGGCCAAAGGCUUUUGGUUACCUGAGGUUGGGUCUGUAAAGAUACUGCAGUAAUCCAAAAUAAAAUGAGUUGGGGUGGAAGAGGACAGAAAAUUCUCAGAGAUUCUUUGUCUGAACUUUGAGUCUGUACAUAGAAAAAUGAAGUCUUAUUUCCAUGGGCACCUAACUUGGUUUGCAGAAAAAGAGAGGGCAGCAGGCUGUCCUUAUUCUCAUUUUCUUAAGCUGCUUUACUUUAUUCUUCUAUAUUCCCACCUCCCAUCCUCUGAGACUUUAUUAAUAUGGUCAGGCUGGUGAGGAGGCCACAGAUAUGUCAACAGCACCUUACUUUAGGUGUUGUGCUGUUAGAGGAUAGAGAGAACACUGAGAACUAUCAGGACAGAAGUGAGGAGGGCAGGAAGUAGAAUGUGAUUUUUCUGGGAAUUUGCCCUGGUUUCAUCAUACUCAGGAUGCAAGGUAUUUUAUUAAAUAUUUGGCCAAAGGAAUCAUUCCGAACCUUUAUUGGUGGGUUCACUGUCCAUGUCUCUGAACAUUGCCAAUGGUGAACUAAGUCACUGCAAGUAAUCAUUACAUUUAAACCCAGAAAUUGGCAUUACUAUUGGUGUAUUAUGUUAUUUAAUGAUUUUGUAUUUUGAGCAGGCUUUCCUCAGUUUCCAAAGUGUGUCCACAUAUCACAUGGCAACUUCCUGAAAGCUACAGGUGGCUUUGGCAAAAUUUUAGCAGUGAGAACAUAGAUGCAGAUGGACUGGAUAGGUAUCUUGCCUCACUGAGUAAAUGGGCUUUUUGCUGUUAUAUAUUCACACUAUCUCAGCUUUAUAACUGGUAUUUAAGCUGUCAUGCUAUACAUAUAUAAAAUUUAGCAAAUUCAGUUUUCAGGAGACGUACCCCCCUUUAGCCCAAGGUGGAUGAAGUGAAGUUAUAACAGAUCUUUCCUUUACCUGCGGUCUUAUUUUCCCUGUUCUGCAUGGAUCAGGGAACUCCAGGGUGCUGCUCAGGACUCGCUCCAACCAAAUCCCCUUCCUCACAUUAAAGAGCCCAUCUCAACGUGCUAACUUCUAAAAAUAGCACAUAACACUCAGUUCGAAAUUUUUGACUCAGUUAAAUUAGGUAUUUGUGUGUUCUUGUUGAAGGGUCUAUAAUCAAUGUAAAUUGUAAUCAAUUUAAAAGUUUUAUGGAUAAUGGUAAAAAGCCAUAUUAUGUUAAUUAAUAUAAUUAUAAAACUAACUUAAAGAUAUUUGUAUUGUAUUCAGUAAAAAUUACUUCGGGCAAGCUAAACUGUUUUUCUUAUAUUAAAAUCUGCUGAGUAGCUGUGCAGCUGUGGACCCACAUGUUUGUAUACAAAAACUUUUAUAUUUGCAUAUGUUCUCGUGAAAUUAAAUUGUGUCACAUAUAUUUAUAGAAACUUGGUUGCAUUGAUUUUUGUUGUAUUAAAAGCAGUAGUAUGCUGGAGUGGGCCAGAACUAACUCAUAUAAGCCAACUGUUAAAUUUUCAGGGAUUUAAUGUGCUGGUUAUUACAUAUAGUCAUCAUUGAAUUUGCCCGUGGUGGGAUUAUUUACACUGUGGGAAUUGGAAUAAAGAGUUUAUGACAAAGACUACAAAUCAGAGCUUUUCUUUCAGACAGCUGCCUGACUAGCACACCACUGUUUAUAAAAUUUUCCUAAUUUAACUCCUCUCUGUUCCUGCUUCAUUCCUGUGGAUGAUCAAGAUAGGUUUAGAGAGACAGUGAAAUUAUCAUAUGCACAGCCUAUGCCCAGCAUAGCACUGCUUCUCAGGGCAAGCAGAGAUUUUGCACUGCAGGAAGAGGGAUGGCUACUGGCAGAAGCUAUCCAAAUUUUCUUGGUGUUACAAUUUCAGCCCUUGUUUACAAUAUGUGCUCUGUUUCCUUGUCUGUAUUUUAAAACAAUAAUAAAAAUGUGUUAGUAA